UCGGGAGCCGGGUUCAGUUAGCUGUCAUCUGCGUAGAAGGGAAGGACAUGACAUGGACAGAAAUUUUCCGGUGUACAGUUAUACAUGCGUAGUAGCUUGUUAAAAGCAAAGAAGUAUCGUUUUGGGGUGGUAUUUUUUUAAGUGACAAAGUUAGCAGUUUCUUUGGUGUUGAAAACGCAUUGGCUAGCUAGCAGGCUAACUAGCUCUUAACUUGCUGUAACUGUUUAAAGGGAGUUCAAACAGAAAGCCUCCUCAUGGCGUUAAUCCUUUUGACGAGGUCCCGGGCACCUUUAAUGAAAACAUCCAGGUCGUUAAAGAACGAGUUCAGGAAAAGUAAAGGGAAAGUACAAGAUGGUGUCUGUUUCAACUGCACAGCGCUCAGACUCUCCAGUCAAAAACUUGAUGGGCUCCGACUGGGCAGUUUGUUCCAGGUGUCUUCCUCCGGCCCUUCCCUACUCUUGUCAGAUGGAUACGUGGGCGCCAGCCAGAGCCCGGAGUCACAGCGCCUCCACUUUGCUUUUAUGUUGGGGGCCUCCUCUCCAUCGUACCCCGCCAUCACAACAGGGCCCCAGUGGAUGUUAGCCCGACCACAGGACAUCCGCGGCGUGAGGUGGAUACACACCUCGAGGAGGAGAUGGGACGACUCCAAGGUGGAGAAGUCCCUGCGCAUAUUAAAGGACAAGAAAAAGACGAUGGAGGAAGGCGGGCCGGUGUACAGACCGACGCAGGAUUCAGAGCGUGUGAGGAGGUCCGUCCGACAGUGGAUUAUAGACGAAGUCAAACACUACUACCACGGCUUCAGGCUGCUGUGGAUCGACACCACCAUCGCUGGGCGGAUGCUGUGGAGGGUACUGAACGGACACCCGCUGUCCCGCCGAGAGAGGAGACAGUUCCUCAGAACAUGUGCCGACGUCUUCAGGCUGGUGCCCUUCCUGGUGUUCAUCAUCGUCCCCUUCAUGGAGUUCCUGCUUCCUGUAGCUCUGAAACUCUUCCCCAACAUGCUGCCGUCCACCUUUGAGACAAAGUCAAAGAAGGAGGAGAGGUUAAAAACGGAGCUGCGAGUCAAACUGGAGAUGGCCAAGUUCUUGCAGGACACCAUCGAGGAGAUCGCUCUGAGGAACAAAGCGGACCAGGGCAACGUGACGGAGGAAUUCUCCACGUUCUUCCAGAAGAUACGGGACUCCGGGGAGCGACCCAGUAAUGAGCAGAUCAUCAAAUUCUCCAAACUGUUCGAGGAUGAGCUGACCCUGGACAACCUGACCCGGCCCCAGCUGGUGGCUCUGUGCCGGCUGCUGGAGCUCCAGUCCAUCGGGACCAACAACUUCCUCCGCUUCCAGCUCAUCAUGAAGCUCAGGGCCAUCCGUGCAGAUGACAAGCUGAUAGCGGAGGAAGGGGUGGAGAGUCUGAACGUGAACGAGGUGCAGACAGCCUGUCGUGUCAGAGGCAUGAGAUCUCUCGGAGUCACAGAGGAACGACUGAGAGAGCAACUCGUCCAGUGGUUGGAGCUGCAUCUGAAGCAGCAGAUCCCCACCUCCCUGCUGCUGCUGUCCCGAGCCAUGUUCCUCCCUGACACCCUGUCCCCCGCCGACCAGCUGAAGACCACCCUGCAGACGCUGCCCGAAGUGGUGACUAAGGAGGCCCAGUCGAUGAUGGCAGAGAUGGAGCGCUCUAAAGUGGACAAUAAGGCGAAGCUGGAGACGACGCUGAAGGAGGAGGCAGCCAUACGCCAGGACAACAAGGACCGGGAGGAGGAGAGGCUGGCCGACGCUGCAGAGAAAGCUGCCAGGGACGGGGAGGAGUUUGAAGUGGAGCUGGUUAAAGCUGACAAAGCGGAGACACUGAGGGAUACAGCGCCGGUCAUUGAACCAGUCAAGUACGGACAGUGGCAGACAUUCCUGCGCUACCAGGGUGAGGAGAUCACCAAAGAGGAGAUCGACCUGCUGAGUAAUGCGUGCUGUAAGCUGAAGGGCCAGAAGAGGCUGCUGACUCUGGAGAAGGAAGAGCUAGAAGACCUGAAGGACGACGUCCAGGAAUACAACGAGGAUCUGGAAGAGAUAAAGAAGGAGCUCUCUAAGACCGGCCAAGAGAAGGCUCUGCAGGAGUCGAAGGCGAGCCAGCGUCUGUCGAAGCGAGUGAACCGAAUGAUCGGUCGCAUCGACAAGAUCAUCGGAGAGCUGGAGAAGGACAAGGUCAUCCUGGACGGACAGAUGGAGAGUGGAACAAUCCCACCUGUCGGAUUAUUCUUUAUUAAACAUAGGGAUGCUGAAAGGGAGAACCUCAUCAGCAUCGACGAGCUGAUCGGCGUCAUGCGGCAGAUCAAGAACAUUCCCGAGCACAAGCUGCAGAGCAUCGCCGAGUCGCUCGACGACAACAAGGACGGGAAGAUCGACAUCGACGACGUCAUCAAGGUGGUGGAGCUGAUCGACAAGGAGGACAUCGACAUCUCAACCUCUCAGGUGGCGGACAUCAUGGUGAUGCUGCAGAAGGAGGAGAAGCUGAUAGAGAAGGAGAAGGCCAAAGAGAAGGCUGAGAAGGAGGCAGCCAGUCUCAACAACUAACUUUUUCCAUGAAGACACAUAGCGCUUGUAUAAAUAUAAAGACCACCGACUGGUUCCCGGUCACAGAAAACUCUGGACGGCAGAUCCAUGUGGACGACUCGACAGAGAGAGAGAGAGAGAGAGAGAGAGAGAGAGAGGUAACCGCUGCCUUCUCAGAAUGUCAUUUCAUCCUAAAUUAAGGUCCUGAAAUUAAUAUAAAAAAAUGAUAAAAGAAGGCAAAUUGUCUUUAAAAUGCACAAAAUCGAACGUGAUAAUGUUAAACCUUUCUGUACUAAUCAUGUAAUAUAUGUGGAUUAUAUGUAAUAUAUCUAUCAAUGAGGUGCUGAUAGAGGGAACACAAAGAUAUGGGUAUUCUCUCAGCGUCAGAGAUGGCAAAGACAAUGAUGUUUGGAUAAAUGAUAUUAGGAAGAUUAUAGUUUAAAGCUUGAGGUGAACCAUCUUGCCUUUUAUUCCCUUCUCCUCAUCAUCUCAGAGAUCAUUUCUGGACUCAGCCAUCAUCAUUACCAUCAUCAUUUAUUUAUUUUCCUCUUUUGAUUUUGUUUUAUUCAUCAUGCUCUCAUAUUGUAACCUUUUGUUCUUUUAUCUUUGAAUUGUACUUGCACAGAGUAGCUUUUUGCUUGCUAUAGGGUAGUAUGGUGGCUGCUAACGAAUAUAUAAUCACACAGAAUCAUCAAAAACAUUAAAUCCGGUCUGAGAUUAAAGGGUUCAAUUAAAAAAAUGCUAAUUAUCCAAUUGAAUAAUACAAAAAUCAUCAUUCCCAGUAAAUCAUAAUUCUUGUGUUGGAUGUUAAUGACUUAAUUAGCAUCAAUAUUAAAAACUGCUGUACUGGAUUUUAUUUUUAUUUUGUACUCCAAUACUUAUAGCACUGCUCUUCGUAGCCAUUCUUGUUUAUUUUUCAAUAGACCUCUGUUAAAUGCCAAAGUUGCACUGUAGCACAUUUAAUAAUAGAUAUUUUUUUGAUUCCUAAAACCAACAAACAAACAAAGCCGUUAAGACUGACUUAUUUUUCUCAGCAGUUGAAAUAUCAGUCGGUUGUUUCUGUGACGAGGAGAAAAGUGUUUAUUAUAUUUAGUUUUUUAUAGUUUUCUGUCUUAGAAAGUUUUGUGAGUUGUUUGGAGGUUGUCUGAUCGGGAACUAGUUAAUUUUCCGCUCAUGAGUCGCGUGAUGACCUGUAAUCCUGACCUCCAUAGCUUGAUUACUAAGUGGCCUUUGCUUGACAGAGAUAUUAUGGAUCACAUUCUGCUAUGUAUUUUAUUUUGAGUACUAUAAAGUAGAGCUCUGAUGGUCCUCACUGAGGAUUUACUUGACGUAGUUUGGGCUGAAAGAGGCUUGAGUUGUAGUUGAAGGUGGUUAGAGGCACAAACUGAGUCCACUGUUUAUUGAAUAUGUGCAGAAUGAAUGCGUGUGGAUCAGAAAUAACGACAACGUGAUUUCUGAUAAUAAUCCAAACUGCUGAGCUUUACAUCCAUAUUCCACUGUGUUCACACUGCAAGCAGCCCGGUCAUUGCGCUGUAGACAACAUAUUUAAAUAAUUAAUAUUGACUUAGAUUUUAUUUGAUAUGCUUUGUAUAAAAGUCAAAUCUAAAGUCAAACAUUUUUUGAAAAAUCACAACAAGCCAAGAAGACGCUUCCAAGUUAUACACCCAUAAUCAUGGUUUGGAUGCAAUUUACGAUCAGAUAAAACAUAGAAAUAAUUAAAUACUCUUACUUUAGAACCUAAAAUCAAUAAAGUUCAGCCUUUUUUGCUUAAUAAAUAAUAUUUUACUAGGAAUACAUUUUCAAAUUUGAAGUAUCUGCCAAUUGGCUCCUUGUUUAAUCGAAAUACUUCCAGCACGAGUUUAAAAACCAACAUUUAUCAAUGCAAAAAGCUGCAAUUGCAAACUCUGCAAACAACAAUUUUCCAGCUUAACUCACCACUGAUAAUGAGUACUGGGAGGCUUUGAAUGAUUGUGAUGAGUUUCACACAGAUUUUCAAGGAAUAUCUGUUGUUUAUGAAUUCAAAUGGUUGUAAAAACAAAGAAAGGUUGCUCAGAAGGAAAUAAACACACUUCCCCUGAGUGGUUUGUCCAGUUGCUCGCAGUGUGAACCCACAUUAAAGGGAAGAUGUAGUGUUGGGCAGUCUGUGGUGGAACAAACACUCCUCCAGGGUAACCAGAGAGGAGCUCAGGUGUAAACGUUAGGAGACAAAGUGCUGCUUGAGAUAGCGCGGAGAGGACGGCGCUUCAUGUAAUCUGUUCCCGGAAUCCGCUGUCAUAUGUGUGCUUGAUUUAGAGCUCGGCGGUGCUCUGUCCCGGGUCAGACCCAGCGCUGCAGUCCCUCUGAUGGGUAAACACUCGCCCCAUACAUGGGCCACAGCCAGCUCUUCUGGAGGGUUGUGUUUGGGUUAGAGACGAUCCGCCGGGACAUGGCAUGCUCUCCGCCGCAUAAAUCAGCCGCCGGUGUAAACACGCCGCAGGAACGUUGUGACAACUUCUCGAUACGCUUGGCAGCAGAGAGGGGUGUUUGUGGUCGGGUUCAGAGGAGUGUGUACGUCAGCGGCACUGCCACAGGGGGUAUGUGUGUGACAGUGAUGUACACCAGGGCAUCGAUGCUGAGUAAAGGUCCGGAGAGGAUUGAAGUAUUAAUCUGUUAAUCAUUUGAUCUGUAAAAUUGGGAGAAAUCUCAAUCUGGCAGAACCCAAGUUAACAUCUUUAAGGAGUUUUUUUAAAUCCAACUAACAGUAUAAAACAUACAUGUUAUUACAUUUAUAAUGAUAUUAAACUAAGAAAAGCUGCAAAACUAAUUUCAGAAGCUGAAACUAGAAGUGUUUGGCAUUUUGGCAAGUCAUUUAUUUUCUGUUGAUAAAUGAAUCAACCAACCUUUCAAUUCUUAAUCCUUAGCAUCUUCAAGGAUAUUGUUUUGUUUACAAAAAGUCAAACAAAUGUGAUAUCCUCCUAAAUAUUGUGCUACUAAAGACCUUUAAAAUAACCUUUAUAUAUUUGUCUUUUGACAUCAUAUUUUUGACAAUCUAGAAGGAUAUGAUGAUGGUACAUAAAACCCUGACAAACCCCAGAAACACAUUCAUGAAAUCCUGAUAAAACCAAUGACAUUUUUAACUGAACAACAUGAAGAAACCACGUUUAUCAGUAGUAGCAGAAUGCCACAUGACAGUCACUGAUUACAGACUUAAGAAAAUAUUUUUGCCUGUAUUUCCAAACGUAUUCUAUAUUUCACAGAUUAUUUUUCAAACCUGCAGGCGUGCGUGGUGGUUUGUGAUUGUGUCUGGAGCGGAGCAGCGCUCAAGGCACACCGCUGGCAGCAGUGUUGCACUAUGUUUCAGAGAAGUCUUCCUAAGGGAGGAAGAGAGAGUUGGCAGCAGACGCAUUUUGACAGCGAGUUUAAAUAAGUUCAUUGGAAACAAAGUCUAGUAUCCAGGAGUUUUGCUGACUUUCAUUUGAAAUUGUACGCUUGUUUUAAGAAGAAAUGUCUGAUCUAAACCCGCUGUCCUCUGCUGAGUAUUCCCACUUUAAAUGCACUAUUUGUUUUUGAUACCGUAGGUGUGUGUUGACUGCUUGGACUCGGGCUGUGUGAGCUGCUUUGUUGCGGUCGACGAUAUAUAAAAACCGUCCUUAAAGAUUCCUGUAGAGUUUUGAGGAGUUGUAUGCUAGAAGGAACACGUACUUAAAGCAAUAAGUCAUUUAUGCAUCAUGUAUAUAACUUAGAUUUGUGUUUUUCUUCCUUUUUGAGGCGGAUCAAGUGUGUUUGAUUUGUAAUAUAUGUAAUCUAGGGUCAGUAACAAGAAGGCUACUAUAACCAAAAAGUGACGUGUGGUUUUUGAUAGUCUGCUUAUUUGGGAGGUGAUGCACUAGUCGGUGAUUAUUGUAUGGAACUUUUUAUUUUUAAAGUACAUAUGUACCCACUUUUUCCAGGAAGCUACCUUUUUUUAGGAUCUGUAAGAAUAUAUGAGAUUCAUCUUGAGGUAGAAGUAGGGAACACAGGCAGCUUGAGACUGAAGGCAGGAUCAGGGGAGGUUUUUAGAGGCAGGGAAACAUGAUGAGGAGUCGGAGUCUAACGGGAGCAACUCAGACCUAUCAUGGUCAUACUCUGGUGUGGAAACUAAGAAAAUAAUCAGGUGAAUAAUAGUGCCGCCGUCAUCUUUUUACACAGGUGUGUUCAGGCAGAAGGCUAAGCAAAUAUAGCUCACAUUUCCAAACGUUGAAAAUCAAAUGCUCUUCCCCUUCUGUCUGGACACACAAUCAUUUUCAAAGGUUAGAAAGCCUAACCACUGUUAGUUUACAUGAUAUUAACCCCAAACAAAUAAUCAAAUGUUGUCUAAAAAAGAAAAUUAGGAAUCCAGUGUUGAUCCGUCAAGAUUUAGAGACAGAAAUCUGAAAAAAUCCCGUCUCAGUUUGAAAGACGAGGCGAAAUCAUGCAGUGUAAUUACGCAUAAUAGUCCUAAAGAUAUAACCUGCUGGAGUUUUUGUUUUGAGAUAAUUGUUAUUUAUUUAUUUAUUUAAUCAAAUUUUGGAAAGGUUUUAUUUUUCUUUAUCCAAAUGUGGAACUGUUCUUUAACAACUGACCUGGUGUUAGAUUUUAGUUUGACUAACUUGACUCUCAAAUGUACGAAACGCUUCUCUAACACAAAUCAAGUGUUCAUGUAACAUCGUUUAAAAAAUGAAUCAUACAUGUUGAAUAAAUGAUGGAUGAUCCUGGA